AUGAGUUCCGCGUCCCGGAGUGGCAGCAACAGGAGCCCGGGCUCCUCAGGGGGUGGCAUCAGCUCUCGCGCAGGUCAAGAACAAGCCGAGGGCAGCGAGGGGGGCUCAGGCAAGCCGAGUCGCGACGUCAGCACCCGGCAUAGUUGGCGAACUGGCUCGCCAAUCGUGCCAGAGCCGCGCAGUCCUUCAUCUGCGAAGAGUGGCAGUACGCGAAAGACGACUCGAUUUCCUCUAGCUCCGCCGACCCCAACAGGAUACCCUGGGUCAGCAGAUCGCCAUCCUUCCUCCCUCUCCGGCACCAACGAGAGCGAAGAUGGGCGUGAUGACAUUCAGACCAAGCUUCUCGUCGCCGCCAAAUCGCGCAAGCCAUCUGAUGUGCUGGCGUACCUUGAAAAAGGGGCCAACCCACUGGCGCCCGCUCUCCAGUUGCGCCGCACGUUUCUCCAUCGUCUUUGCCUGAACCCUUGGCUGUACCCAAACCUUCUGGUCAAGAUUUUUGCGAGCAUCGGCGGCGCAUGUGCGCAGACGCUGUUGUCGCAACAGGACAAGCGAGGCGAGACCCCUUUGUACAUGGCUCUGGGGACGGACUUUGUAGACGGCGCCGCCGCCAUCAUUAAGACCCUCAUUGACAACGGCGCUGACCCCAUGGCCCUCUUGCCCUCUGAGCAGCUCCCUCUACAUCGCGCAGCUUGGAAAGGAUCUGUUGCCGUCACUCAAGUGAUCCUGGAUCAUAUGGACCUUGCUGCCAUUGAUACAAAAGACGAUUUGGAAUGCACACCCUUAGACACAGCUUGCUGGAAAGGCCACCAUGAGAUCGCUGAGAUCUUGAUCAAAGCAGGCGCCAACAUACAUACACGUGAUAACGAUGACUGGACUCCGCUGCGAUCGGCUGCGCAGCAUGGUCAACUUCGAGUGUGCGAGAUCCUCAUUGAAAACGGCGCAGACAUACAUGCCCGAGACAACAAAGGCAUGACUUCCUUGCGGGUGGCGGCUGAGCACGGCAAGACGGAUAUUAUUGCUCUACUUUAUGGACUUGGAGCCGACCUGGCCAGCCAUGACGAGCUCGGAUUCACAGGCCUCCACGCGGCGAGUCGUGAUGGCGAGCUCGAAGCUGUCAGACAGCUUCUCGUUUUCGGCGCAUACGUCAACUGCAGAACACUCAAAGGCUACACACCUCUCGAUCUCGCGUGUUGGAACGGCGAAGAUGUAGUCGUCAAAACCCUUAUUGAGGCAGGCGCCGCUGUCAAUGUCUGCGACUGGAGGGCUAUGACGCCUCUAAUGACAGCCUGCGAGGCCAAUAAGCUCAGCAUAGUAAAUUUGCUUCUCGAGCAUGGUGCGGAUGUCCACCGACAGGACACGGCUGGACAGGCGGCAAUUGAUCGGCUGACCGACCUUCCCGACAACGGCAUCCUGCAAGUGCUCGUGGACAAGGGUGCAUAUAGCGAUGUGGCAUCCUCGUUCCGGGGGGCCACACCACUCAUGGCGGCUGUUCGUUUUGGCAUACUGAACGCAGUGGCGAGUCUCUUGAAGCGAGGGGCCGAUACCAACAAGCGAGACAAGGGGGGCUUUCAUUGCUUAAUGCACGCAUGCCAGAUAGGUCGACCCCAAGUUGUCGAGGUUUUGCUCAACCACAAGGAAAAGCCGGUUGAUGUCGACCAACGGGACAAUAGCGGGAACAGCUCGCUUAUAUAUGCCACCUCGUACGGCCACGAAGCCGUCAUUGAGAUGCUGGUCAAGGUGGGCAAAGCGGACGUCAAUAUUAGCAACGUCAACAACACCACAGCGCUUCUUUCUGCUGCUACCUUCGGAUUGGCCUCUAUAGCUCGCUUUCUUCUGAGCGCGGGAGCUGAUCUCACUAUUCGAGACAAGUCUGGGCGAAAUGCGUUACAUCGAGCGGCCAUGGGAGAGUCCGUGGAGAAUUCCUUCUCCACAGAGCAGCUAGAUCCGAUGCAGCAUUUGAGGGCAUGGAAUGAGGUCGUCGUGGAUUUACUGGACAAAGGAGCCGACCCUCUUGUCCAAGAUGACUUGGGUCAUACUGCUCUCCAUCUUGUUGCGUUUUCAAAUGACUUGGAGAGGACCAACUCUAUCUUGGACAAGGUACCGUCGGACAAGCUCACUAUCCGCAACAAGGAGAAGUUCACCCCGCUGGGGACGGCGUGCGUUCGCCAGAAUCGGUUCCCGGCCGAGGCUAUACUGGCCCGUGUAGACGUGGCAGACUUUGGCGACAACCACGAGGAAACCGAGAAAAACGCCCUGUGGUGGGCUGCGAAUGGAGGAGAGACGCACGAGAUUGUUCGGCUGUUGUUCAAGAAGAGCGCAACGCUCACCGUCCCCAUGCUGAGCGAGACAAUGAUGGGCUGGACUGCGAUGGACUGGGCAGCGUACAGGGGCAUGCCGAACGUGCUUUGGGGACUCCUGUGUACGACUGAACAAGGAGACAAUUCGGACAAGAUGAGAAUGUCGGCCAUGAAGCUGGCUAAGGAGAGGAGAAAACAGGAGGAAAAGCUUAAGGCUGCCGCUUUGCCUCGGAAAUUAACGACAAUCGACGUGGUCGGCCAGCCUUUGCAUAUGAAAACAAAGGACAAGGACUCGUCCGCCAAAUAUCGCGGAGGCAAGUACGGAGCGCCCGCUGUCAAAGAGGUUAAAGAGAUCAAAGAACUUAAGCUGGACGAGGCCGAAAUCUCAUCGCGUCCCGCGACGCCCGUGACAGGCCACGUAUCGCCCGUGGAUAACGUGCCCAAGGAUAACUGGCCCGCGGAACACGCCGGUCUUGAGGCGAGCAAAAGACCCGUCGAAGGCGACACUGUCAAACGGCCAAACGAGAAAAAGUACUUGGCCAAGAAGGAGGAGGAAGCGGCCGAUGCUGGUGACCAGCAAGGGAUUUCCGACGUCUACGGACUCAUCAUAGACAUGCUGCGCGACCCGCCAGUUACUCAGACAUCGGGCCCCAAAGAACCGUUUGUGGCUCCAUCGUUUGAACAAAAGUCCUCGGGGAUCCUUGAUGAGUACGAGGCAGCAGUGGUUGACUUUUAUGCCACAGGCGGACGAUCAGGGUUUCUGAGGCGCUACCGCUCCAUCAAAGAGACUAUCUACACCUCCAGUCCUCUUGAAAUCAUGCGCAAGGCUAGGGAGACCAUGCAUCAAGUCGGCUCAGGCAUACGGCAUGCCGACUCCAUUGGUGGUCUGGACCAGCACAAGCUAUAUUCCUUCGACGAACUGCGCUUUACGUGGAUACACUUGCCCGCCAACAAUCUCAAAUGGAUGCAAGAUCUCAUCUUGAAACUGUAUGUCGAAGACGAAACCUACAGCGAGACCCAGUACCGCGACAUGAGCGCCUUUCUGAGGAAGAGCUGGCUCCAGACACCAGACCGCACGUCCAAGACUCGCUUCAUGAAGCCACGGUGCGUCCAGGAUGGAGACAGCUACCCGCUCGCUCUCUACGUACCCUAUCUCACGUUUUCGCAAGAAGCUACAGACCGCCGCCGGCUAUCAGCAUCUGAUGACUACAUCAAGAAUCUGGAGAAGUACACCAAGCUGCUCGAGGAGUAUAGUGAUAGCAUUAUCCAUGGCUCACGCACGCUGGACGAGUUCUAUUAUCACUUUGCCUCUGACGAGCGGUUCCAGAAGGAUAUGCAGCUCCGCAACCUAGAUCAAGUCGUUACCAAGGCUAUCGACGGCUCUCCCAUGGGUAUGGCAGACGCCAUGCACCUGUUUACCGCUGUCAGAGUUGACCAGCUGUGGCUGUGGAUGCUUGACGACUACACCUUGGUGACUUCGUCGACUCAUCGCAUGGAUGGGAUGCCGGACCCCAUCUUCAGCGGAGUGCUGGAUCUUCUCGGCCAGGGCGACAGUCGUUCCCGAGUGUCCCAACCGACCACAGCUCUAGAGAUGAGCCAAACCAUUGUGGACUUUUGUGUUGGGCAGUUCAACCGGGGCAGUCCGUCCACGAGAUCCCACGGAUCCCUCAGGCAGAUAUUCUUUGAUUCCAUCAACAAGACCGCCAUUGAAGAAUCGGAGCUGUACCGCAAACUGCUCUCGAAAAUGGAGAGCGCCAGACUCCGAAGCCAGAAGAGGCAAAAUGCCAUUGGGAGGGCUGCUGGCCUGUUUCGAGAAAUUAAGGAUAUUCGAGAUGAGCUCAACAUCCUCAAGGCCGUUGUCGAGGCCCAGGAGAUUGUGCAGAACCAGCUGCAAAAGAUACAGCCACGGGAUAUCCAAUCCGCAAAGUCCAUCCUCAAGGACAUCUACGAGAUGGACGAGCUCGCGAAACGGAUACAGAGCUCGAUCAACACGACCCUGACGUUGGAGCAGAACGAGAUUGCCAUUUCACAGGCCCAGCAGAGCGUCCGCCAAGGGAGGACGCUCAUGGUGUUCACUGUUGUCACCAUCCUGUUCCUGCCCAUGUCGUUUCUCACGUCCUUCUUCGCCAUUGACGUGGCCGCCUUUGUGACGACGCCAAAAUGGACGUUUGCUGUCAUUUUCGCGGUCUCUGUUGGUAUCACGAUGCCGUUGGCCUGCUACGCCUUUUAUUCGGACGAUAUCGUGGGCUUCUUCCAUGACUUGACCUCGAAACCCUCGUCGGCGUCGGAUCAGCAAAGUACGGGGACAAGAACCGAAUCCGUGCAUGCUGAGAUACUCUCGCUGCGCCAUGACGGCCCCGAGAAACGGAUGACCCCAAACAUGUUUCAAGACGAGAGGAAGGAGAGCAUCAGGGCCAGGAUGAAAGAGAUGGCAACCGUGGGGCCGACCAGCAACAAUGCCUCAACUAGGUGGAAGUUGACCAGGCGCAAUGGCAGUCGCGGUAUGACCGACGAGGAGGCACAGAAGUGA